AUGGAGGAUGCUGGAAACAAGGAGACUGAAUUAGAGAACAUUCCUGACACACCGAGAGAGGCCAGCGUGAAGAUGCGUCGGAAAAAAUUGGAGACGGAGACGGAGGAGGGACAAGAGUCUUGUCCUCAGGUGAUAGUGCCUCUUGAAGUGGUCCCUGUACCCGAGGAGCAGAUGCCCGCCCUUACUGAACCUCCUGUCCUCUAUGAAGAGGUCAGCACAACGGUUGUGACCACAACCACCUCUGAGGCAGUGUUGGCAUCUUGGUCGAGGAUUGCAGCCAAUGCUAACAAGAAUGAGGCCCUGCAGUCCAUUACAACACCCGAGACGUACGGGGAUCUGUGGUGUGUGGUCCAUGGGAGAAGCCUUCCAGCAGACUCAAGAGGUUGGGUUCGGCUUCAGUUCCACGCUGGACAAGCCUGGGUACCUGAGAAGAAGGGGAAAGUGAUUGCCCUCUUCCUGCUGCCAGCCUGCACCUUUCUGCCCCCACACCUGGAGGAUAACGUGCUGUGCCCCGCGUGUGUUCACAAGAACAGGAUCCUCAAUAAGAGCCUCCAAGGAUAA